ACAAUAUAACAGUUGUCGGUUAUACUCGAUUACUGUAUUUAUAUAAUACAUAGAUACUUAGUGUUUAUUCGGUGUUUAUAAAACACGCGCCCAUCUAAUUAAUUGCAAAGACAAAACGAAGUGUCCUACAUAUAUACAUACAUAUAUUGGGUAUUCGAAAAAGUCUUUUCAUAUUUCUAAUCAAACUUCAACUUAUUUUUUUAUAUUUAUACUAAUAAAGAAAUAAACAAAUAUGUACCAUUUUAGUCGACCACUAUUUGCUAUUUCUCGGCUAGAGACAUUAUUCCAUAAGUGUGAAGCUUUCUUCAGUUUAAAUCGAAAUUUCGAAAUUUCCAGAACGGAAGCGAGCGAACCGUAAACUUCACAUAUGUACAUACAUAUAUCAUUGGUGGGCUUGCGUGGCAUUCUUCCUUUUUUAUAGAAAAAUUUCAAAAUGUAGCGAAUUGUUUCGUUAUUUUCACUAAUUUUUGAACAACUGUAACUUUUUUCAACUUCCCCGAAAUUAUUAUUUUUUGUUUAAAUGAAGUUUAAAAUCUCACCUUUCCAACAUACUAUGGUAUGACUCAAUGUGAUUGGUAGCACUGAAGAGAUAUAUAUGUAUAUACAUCUCAGACGAUAUAAACUAUUUUAUUAAUGCUAUACAAUAAUAAGAUUAUUGAAAAAAUAUAUGCGCAGCUAUCUACAGAUAAUCUAUCUUCACCUUAAUCCAGUUUUUAGGGAAGAGGUGUUAAAAUGUUGUACACCUUUUUUUAAAACAUUUUUUUAAAUGUUACUAGAUAUUUCGAAGGAGAUGUAAUGUGCAUAUGUACAUAGGUUCCCCUGGGUCUGAGAAUAAGUAUAAAUGCAUUAAUAUACAGUUAAUGCAGGCAGGAUUUUAACAAAUAAGUGUAUAAAUGUGAUUUGAAAAUCGUGUAUAUUGAAAUAAAAAGACUAAAAGAAAUCCGAAUGAGCUGUGUUCCUAUUAAUUUUGGAUAUAACUAUGUACUUACCAUAAUAUCCUGAGAAUAAUUGAAAGAGAGGUCACGACAGAUCUUUCCCUCUACAUUUUCGAGUAUACAUAGUACAUGAGAUAGAAAAAUAACUAUAUGGGAUCGUAACGUCAUUAACGAAAGAAAACUUUAUUUACAAUUCCUACGAAAGUUUGAAAGUUUUUCUUCAAUCUUGGUAAAAUGUAUUGGGAUUAUUAAUUCUCUGUGAAUAUAUGCAUAGCAUAAGUAGUAUGAAGGCUACUUUAUAUAAUAAAUUUGAACAAACAUACAUACUGUAUAUAUAUCUGUUUUUAAGUAGUGUGCCCGCAGUGUAUAUUCAAGAGAUAAUAUGCACUUGACUUAUAUAAGAAUCCAAAAUAAUUCAAAGUUUAGUGUUACCAAUAACCUUUUCAAGUGAUAGCAUGGAUCGUACUCACUCGCGAGUAUAAUGAAUUAUUCAAAAGCAAAGGUUUUGGUUCUUUUAUCGCUCUGUGUAAUUAACGCGACACAGGCAGAUAUCAUAUUAAGAGUAGAUCCCUUGGCGCUCUUAUCAGCAACCCUGCGCACUUAUCAAAAAGCUGCUUGUGACAGCGAUCAAGUCAUUAUCGCUUGUCCACGCGGCACAAGCAUCUCAAUCGAGUUCGCACAAUACAACAAUUUCGAAAACAAAGAUGGAUUCAGCAUCGAUGACUUAUGUCCGCUAAACAAUUCCGCGAAAAAGGUGCAAUCUAAGGCCAAACACCUUCUACGUGGUUCCACAUUCGGAACUCCCGGAUCAAAGAUUCCAACCAUCCAACACCUUUAUGGCCAGACUACGGAACUUCCAAGCUCAAGCCUGCUACCAGAUACACUCAUGACAGAAGAAACUGAAGAUGCCGGUGUGCGUAAGGAAAAUGCCUCGAAUGUUUAUAUAAAAGAAAAUGACUCCUCCGAAAAUUGCAUGUGGCCAAACGCACUUCAGUAUUCGCUGCUGCAGACAGUCGUUGAGGCUUGCCAAAAAAAGAAGCACUGCAAAUUUAACGGUGCCCCACAUUUCUAUAGACUGAGCACAGGCGUUGAUGUUAAUAACUAUAACAACACGGUUAACACCGUAAAUGUGGAUCCUUGUCACAAACGACGUAAAAUUGUGGAGGUGGCUUAUAAAUGUCGUCCAUAUGAAUUUCGUAGUAAAGUGGCCUGUCACAAUGAUAUGGCUCAGUUGGAGUGCAAUCCUUAUUCACGAAUCGCGGUCUAUAGCGCGAGUUUCGGACGCACCGAAUAUGAAAGCAUUCAGUGUCCACAACCCCAAGGAGUACGAGAAGAAACCUGCCAAGCAUCUUAUGCCACCGAAACAGUUAUGCAGAUUUGUCAUGGGCGCCGCCGUUGUAACUUAGCUGCAGAUGCGAACACAUUUGGGUCACCGUGCCAACCGAUGUCGAAAAUGUAUCUGAAAGUAGUUUAUACUUGUGUUCCAAAGCAAGUUUUAAAAGACCGAUACGAAUCGGAAGUUGAAGGAGAUGAGACUGAAGAAUUCGAUGGAGAUAACGAAGUGUAUGACGAUGAAUUGAACUAUAAAGAAUCUGAAGCAAUUCCGAAGGUGUAUAGCAACAGUACUGUUACUGCUGCUAGGUCAAAUGGUACAAAUGCUUCAGCAACUCCCGCCACUUCGAACUUUAGUAAUGGCAAUAUCUCAUUUCAUCUUGAAAUUCCAGACAGCUCCCGUAUCAAUCCGAUUAUGACACAUAGUGCCGACUUAAGUCUGGAAGAUAAUCAGGAGCGACUGUAUUUAUAUCUUCUAAUCGCCGGUUUAAUCGGUGUAAUUAUAUGCAUAAUUAUUGUGUCUGUUCAUGUUUGGAUGCAUAAAAGUCAAGCUCUCAGUUCGGAGACUCAGAUGGCAUCCGUAGAUGGUUCAGGUAACCCGCGUGCUGAUACUACCAUUCCCAAUGGUUUCAAUGACACUAUAUCGGAGAUUGACGCCGAGAUCGAUAUGCCAACUACAAUUUCUGUACCGAGUGUUUCGAAAAAUGAGAAUUAUAUUUCCUAUGGAUCCAAUGGUGGUUUAUACAAUGGCCUUGGAUCAUCCAGUAGAUUGCAGAAUUCAUCGACUUCUGUAUUACAAGAUGGAGCAAGUAUUCCUCCCACGGGUAUCAUCGGCACAUCUGCCCCCUCAACAAUAAUCACGAAUCCUGGCGUAUGCGGAGUAAGACAAUCUCCCGAUAUCAUCGGUAUUACAUCAAAAUCUCACUUAGCGGUGCCUCCUAGUGGCGCCAUUGGCUAUCAAACGGGUGUUGGUGGCAUAUUGGCACCAACAAUUGUAAUUGGUAGCAAUGGGAGUAGUAUCAGUAAUUCCCUUAAUUGUGGUCCAAUGACCUCAAUUGGACAGUACACAACUGCACCCACGAUACGUGCGAGCUACAUCAUCAAUGCUGAGGGAAUGUUAAAGCGACCUCCGAAUCUCCAAACGCCCCCUAUGACAGGUUCAACAACCAACAGUCAGUAUUCGACAACGUCCACACUACGUCGAAUCAAGACCACUGAUCCUUCCGCAAUGCAACAACAAUUAUCUUACGAUGGCACAGCUCCACGUACAUUAUCGACUGGUGUUCCAGUGAACUCCCAAUUCUAUUAUGGAUGACAAAAUUCAGAGGAAUGUGAUGGAAUGAAAGCUAUUUUAUUCGAUACCACUCAACAUAAAGCUGAGGCAAUCGCCACACUUACUGCCCAUCUCUCAUACAACGCAUCAAAAGAGCAACAACAUCAAACAAUUGAGAGUCAUAAUAUAAAUGACAAUCCUAACUCAAACUACAAGGCCACAACCGUGAUGAAGAGUCAGAACACUGCAUCAUCAGACCCCAAAGCUCAGAAAGCUGUCAAUAACACGGAGUCGGAGAGAUCUUUUUGUUUUUGAACGUAGUUCAUUUGACAGAAGACACCGAAGUGUACCAUGUAAAUUUAGAAACAAUUUGUAUAUUAAUAUAUUGUAUAUACAUAUGUAUUUGUAUCACCCACAGUCAUAAAUGUGAUGAAUACCUAAAUAAAUAAGUGAUUAGAAUUAUGAGAGUAUAUGUAUACAUACAUCAAAAUGUAUAAUGUGUGCAUUCUUAUAAUUGUGUAGUCAUAGAUUUGUAAGAUGUGGAUUUCUAAAAAAUCAUCUAGCGAUAUUUCAGUUGUUAAGUACAAUUUUAAACCCAUUCAUUACUUCAAAGCCAUAGUUUACAGGAGGUGAAAAAUGCCUACAUACAUACUUACAUAUAUACGCCUAAGGAAAUUGUGCAAAAAUGGACUUAAUGAUUCAUAUUUCCUUAAACAAUUCUCAUCAGCAAUGUUGAUGAUUGAAUGAUGAUAAUGUGAAUUAGUAUUUGGCUGUACAAAAGUAAUAUUAAAAAUGACUUUUCCAAAAAAAAAUUUUUUUUGAAAAUUUAAAAGUUUUUAAGAAUAUACAUAUUUAAUGUAUUAUACAUAUUUAAAUAUUCAUAGUUAUAUUUAGUUUGAAAAUAUUAGAAAGGUGAAAGCAUUGACCUAAGAUUAUUUACUUUAUAUGACCGCUUCAUUUUCUUUUUUCAGCCAAAAUCUACUCAAUUGAUAAUGGAAGCAAUUUUGACGAUUGUUGAUAUGGCAAGCAAUUUACAUACUUGAUAUUUUUAAGUAGGCUAAUGGUUGUGAUAAACGUGAUCUAUACACGGAAAAUUAGUGAAUUUAAAUUGCUUACAGUUACACUUGAUACAGUUUUCGAAUAAAAUUUUUUAUUGUACCAAACAUUGACUAGCUUAAUUUCAAGAAUUGUAAGUUGCCUAAACUAGCAUAACUAAUUCUUCUAAGAUUUUUUUGUAGAAUCCGAAUAGGAAAAUUUUCUUUUAUCACAUUAGUUAAAAAACUGAAAAAAUCUUGCUAUCGAGUUCAAGUUUUGUGACUAUUCGCUUUUGAUAUUGAGAAAUAGAUAGUGGGCAUUGCUUAAAGUUUCACAUCUUUGUUGACAUGACAUUAAAUAAAAGUCGCACGCAUCGGGGAAGAGUAUAAUUAACAACAUUUGAACACUUGUUGCUUCUGAUCUUUGAAGUAGUCAAAUUAUAGGUCCAAUAAAAAUAAAUCUAUUAUUUUUGCAUAAAAUUGAAGAUUUUAUUUAGCAUCGUUAGAAUGUUCCGAAAUUAGGGCAAUUAUGCAACGUUUUGUUCGAUAACUAGUUGCAAUUUUGAAGGUAAUUUCAUAAUGCCACUAUCGUGGAAACCUUUUUAGACGAAUUUUUCACACGCAACAUCAAUCAUUGGGUGCCAAUUCUUCUAUGGAAUCCACACAUCGUUGAAUCUUUUUGUGUCCAACCUUAAUUAAAUGUUUCAAAACGUAUAUUUGUGUAGUGUUUAGUUUCUGGGCUAUCAAAACAGUGCUAACCUGACACUCUGAGUCGGCGAUUUUCAGUAUUUUAUCGAUAUUUUGAACAAUUGAACUUCCAGAGUAUGGUAAAUCUUUGACAUCAAAAUUUCCGGAAUGGAAUCGACGAAACCAAGAUUACGAAUAAUUAGCUAUUACAGUUUUAGAACCAUAAACACUUCACAUUUUCAGCCCUUUAGCCUGCUUCUCCGUCUUUUUUUGUCGAAUUCUUUUCUUUCUACCGCCAUAUAGCAUAACCCGAUCAGACUUAUAUUGGAAAAAAUUAGGAAUUUCAUUUCAAUAGAUUUUAUAUUAUCAUAAUUAACAAAAUAUCUUGUACUUAUUCUAAAUUCAUUCAUUUUCAAAAACGUCAAUGUCAACUAAUUUGUAUGGCAGUACUUCUUAAAAUAAAAGAAAUUUCAGAACUCACAACACGUACUUAAUAUGGUUUAACCUUUGACGCGUAUAGUAUAUUAUACCAUAUACUUAACCGAUUCAAUAAUUUUAAUAUCUUUUACACAAAGUGCCUUUCUUAAUACACACAUUAAAUAUAAUUGCAAAUUUCCUUAAAGAUGUAUAAAGAGUGCAUACAAGAAUAAAUAAAUCUAAAAUUUGUUAUAGACAAUUAAUUAUAUGGGCAUAAGGAUUAGAGAUAUUCAAUAAUAAUGUAUGUAAAUAUUUAGUAUUGUAUGUAUGUAUGUACAUUUGUGUUAUGCAGUAUAUAAAAUGUCUGUAAGUGCAUAGUAAGUAAAUUAAGAAAUAUUAAGUGAUAAUAAUAAUACCGCUGGAGGAAUUAAUUGGAUCCUAAAAACCAUGAAUAAAUUACACAACAUUUAUCAUUUCUACUUUUUUGUUCAAAACUUUAAAGCGUUUUCUCCACAGCUCGAAAGUCAAAAUGUCAUAAGUUCAAAACUACUGCAUCGAUUCUUUUAAGAUUUUUAGCAUUAUUUCUGUAUAUUUAUUGAAUUAUCAUACUUUCAAAUUUUUCAAUAAUUUUUAUUAUAUUUAAUUAUUCGACUAUUUCGAAAAAAGCGAAAAUCGAGUUUUGUCCUUCAAAGAGAUCUAAAGAAAUGAAAAAUUGAAAUUCAAAAACUCCUUUUUUUAAACUGCUAUUGCCGUAUUUUUAAUAUUGUUUCGUGAAAAUUAUAUUUCUCAUUGUUGGAAUACCAUACCUUGAUAUACCAUUGGUAUUAAUAAAGAGAUUUUAAUUGUGUCCACACAAAGAAAUCACAAAAACAUGUGUAAUUUGCGCGAAUUAACCCUAUUAAAUUCAUGUGGAGCUGGCAGCACCGUAAGAUAUUGAUAUCAUAUUCUCAUACGAGUAUAGGGGUUUCACAUAGUCUCAUAAAGUUAUGAGUUAUAACGUUUCGAAAACGUAGAGUUGUAUUUGCGUAAACUUAUUUUACUAUGCAAUCCCACAACAAUUUUUUAAAACUAGUAUAAAAAUUUAGGAUUUUAUGAUUUUACGAAGCUGUAUGACAUAUUGUAAGUACCCCAAUAGUUUAAUCUAGAGAUAAAAAAGGAGGGUCAAUCAAUUAAUGAAUAG